AUGCAGGGGAAGGAGGGCAGACCGAGGAACUUGGGCAGGGGCGUGAGCAAGCCGAAGAAGAACACGGUGGCUUCGCUGUUGGCGCAGAGCAGGGCGCUGGGCAUUAAGCCCGUACCGAUGCUCGAUCCGAACAUCUCGAUGAACCAGCAGAUGAAUCUGCUGAAAUCCAACAUCCUGGCGGCGCAACAGUACUUAUCGGAGACGGCAGGGGGCGGCGGAGGCGGCGCAGGCGGCGUCGCCACCGCCGCCGACGAGAAGGCGCUCAACCGGUUCAUACAGGAGAAGCUCAGGGGCGCUCUGAGCGACUCUAAGAUGGAGGCGGAGAUGAUGACGACAGCGGCGGCGGCGGCUGCCAAGAGACAGAAGCACUACGAUGAAAGGCUGCUGCGGGUGCCGCUGGAAAAAGGUUGGAAGAGAGAGACGAUCAUCCGCGGCCUCACCAAGUCGGGCGGCCUGCGCGGCGACGUCACCUACGCGGCGCCCGACUCCUCCAACAAGUUCAAGCAGAUGUCGGACGUGACGCAGUACCUCGACUACCAGAAGACCAGCGACCUGACCAAGGACCACUUCACGUUCAGCUGCCGCUGCAUCAUCGGCGAUUAUCUGCAGCCGGUGCCGCCCGAGAUGCAGGCCGAGGGCGGGGAGUUUGUGCAUCUGAGCGAGGAGGAUGUCAUAAGGAGGCUGGAGGAGCUGAAGUCGGCGAUGCGGACCAGCCUGCCGGUCGAGCAGCGCAUCGAGAUGGCGCGCAGACAGCAGGCGGCGCGAGCGGCGGCGCGCUCCGACAGAGAACAGGCGCGCAUGCACAAGGAGCUGGAGCGAUCGGAGCGACAGGAGCAGGCGCGUCGGGAGCGAGAGGCGCGGUCGCAGCAGGCGAUGGAGGCUAAGCGAAAGCGUCAGGAAGAAAUGGAAAGGCACAAACACGAAGAGCAACAACGAAAACAGCAGGAGAGAGAACUGAAAAGACAGCAAGCAGCUAUGUUGAAAGAACAAGAACGCGAACGGCGUCGCCAGCACAUGGCGCUGGUCAGGUCGUUGGAGAGCAGACGGAAGCUGGAGGAACGCGAGAAGAAAAAGCAGCAGCUGCUGGCCGAGAAGAUGGCCAACAAGGAGAAGAAGCUGGAGCAGCGGCGCGUCGAGCUGGAAAUCCUGACGGAGAUAAGGAGGCCGUGCGAGGACUUGGAGCUGGAUCAGAACGUGCUGCCCGACUACGAGAGAAUACCAGGCUUGCGGUUGUCGGGCAAAGCGUUUUCCGACACACUGAUGGUGUUCGAGUUCCUGCACAACUUCGGCGAGACGCUGGGCUUCGACAUGGACUCGCUGCCGACGCUGGCGGCGCUGCAGCGCGCCCUGUUGCCGAGCGAGCACUCGCAGGAGGCCGAGGACGAGCUGUUCUCGGUGAUGACGCAUCUGCUGGUGUGCGCUAUCGAGGAUCCCGGCAUACCCAAUCCGGCGAGGUACACGACGAUGCUGGGCCAGAGCCUGCGCCAGGCGGACAUCACCCCCACCAACAUCUCGGAGAUCCUGCGCAUCUACCUGUACGCGAACGCGACCGGCGAGGUGAAAGCCUUGACGGGAGUGCACUUCGAGCGCGACAGGGAGAAAAGGGUGGCCGAUCAUCAUCAGACCGACGACGAGAUGUCGGUGACGCAGGCCGGCAAGAACGCCAUGUACUACGAGGUGCUACACAACAACCCCACAUACAAACUGAGCGACCUGCUAAAGCACAAACCGUACAUGUCGCUGUCACCCACCACGAAGGUGGAGAUUUUGGCGUUCAUCUGCAACGAGCUGUUGCAAAACAAGGCGGUCAUCAGGCAGAUCGAGAGCUCCUUGGAGAGUUGCGCCCAGCAGAAGAAGGAGAAAUGGCUGUUGGACAUGAAAAUUAGGAAGCUGAAGAUGUUGCAUAACAGGAAAGUGAGGACGGAGGCUAUGGAAAAAGCCCAAGUCAAAUUGGACGGUGACGAAUCUGCCGUAGAUUCUCCCUCCCUGCACAAGGACUAUCUCUUGGAUGAAGAGGAGAAUGAAAUGAGCGAAAAUGAGAGCGUUGGAACUCAGCCGGAAGAAGAGGAGGACAACAAACUGUCUGGCGAAGAACUCGGCAAGAAGCUGGAGAAGCUCGUCAAGACCUCCGAAACGCAUCUGCAGACCCUCAACACAGCUUCUCUGCAGCUGAGAGCCAUCUGCUUCGGCCAGGACAGGUACUUCCGUCGCUACUGGUCGCUGCCGAAGGCCGGCGGCGUUUUCGUCGAGGCGAUGGAGAGCGCCGAUCCCGAGGAGUUCGAAGAGCAACUGAGGUUGGACGGGCUCGAAACGUCGACGACGACGACGGCGACGAACGGCAUUAGCUGCCUGAACGAUCUCGACGAGAUUCGCGACGGGCUGGAGGAGAUCGACGACGCGAACGACGACAAGGAGGUCAGCCGUUUGGUGGGCACGGAGGAGAAGGAAACCGAGAACAACCCCGACCGGUCGGACAACCACGCCACCGACCACCGCAAAACGCCCAACAGACUGUCGUGCUUCGAGAACGGCGAAUCGGUCGACAAGAGCGAACACAACCUGGCCGAGCUGAAGCGUAGCGUCGACGACAUCGUGCAGAAUCUCGAACGCACCUUGGAAAUGGACAAGGAGAAGAGGUCGAGCGAGUCGCUGGUUAAUCAGAGGUCGAGCGAGUCGCUGGUCAAUCACGUCAAGGAGGAGAGGGUGGAGGAGGAUGAGGAAGAGGAGGAGGAGGAGACGCCGUUCGGCAGCAAGAAGUUUAAUUUGUUCGAGCGGUUGGGGCAGUGCAUGGAGAGGGAGAACAAGUCAGAAGAGGAUCUGAAGGCCGAGGUGGGGGCAGAGGUCAAGGAGGAACUGAAAAAGGAAAUCCUCAACGAACUGAAAUCGGAGAUCAAGUCGGAGCUCAUAAAACUCGAACCCAAGUACGAACAAGCGACGGACGCCUCUUCCGAGGACGCCGAGCACCGCUGGUUCGGCAUCCUGCCGGCGGACGGCGCCACCUGCGAUGGCGUCCAUCUGACAGCCGGCAGUCGGUGGGAGAACGGCGGCGUAGGCGCCUGUACGAGGGACAUCACCGAGCUGAAGAUACCGGUGUUCCCGCCGCCCGGGGCAAAUUCCACAGGCAACUACCACAAUUCUUGCGACAGUCCUGCUCCGCUACAGAUGACGGCAGACGAGAGCGCUCAAUUAGAGCACAUCAAGAAGCACGGGAUGCCGAGGCCGAGCGAGAAGAAGAGGGUGCCCAAGGAUAAGAGGUACGGCUGGUGGCGCAUCAUCGACCCCGCCCACCUACGCCGCGUCCUGGACGCGCUGCAGUCGCGCGGGGCACGCGAACGCGAACUCAAACGCGCCAUCGUCGGCGUACAACAAUCCAUGUACGAGGGCGGCGGCGGCAACAAGGGGCGGCUGUUCGUCGAGCCGGGGCGGCCGGAUCUGGUCGACUUGGUCGCCGGUGACGACGAGGAGGAGGAAGAGGAGGGGGAGGGUGAGAGAGGGGAGGUGAGGAUGGAGGGGGACGCGCCGCGGCCGGACGGAGCGGCCGAGUGGCGGCCUGGGGUGGCGAGGCGUGUGGAUUUGUUCUUGUUGGAGCAGGUGGAAGCUCUGGAGGACAAAGUUGCCAGUGCCAGCAUGCAGGUGAAAGGUUGGAAAAUUCCCAGCAGGGACCUCGGAGAGAUCCCCUACAAGCAGAUUGUGAGUGUCGCUAAGGAAAGGUUAGCCUUUCUGGAACUCAACAUCGAAAGGAGGUACCUGAAACCGCCAUUAGGAAUAAACACCGGUGACCCGAACCUGGCGGCCAUGUCGCAAGAAUCCUGCGCCGUCUCGAGCGCCAGCAGCGCCACCUGCGGCGCUGCCGGCCAAUCGUCGCCGGGCGGCCUCGCUGGCACCGACCUCGACGUGCCCAAAGGUCUGGCAACGUGGCGCGAGGCGAUCAACAGGUGCUCGACGUCCGCCCAGCUGGCGAUGUGCCUGUACGCGCUCGAAGGGUCGAUCGCCUGGGACAAGAGCAUCAUGAAAGCUAACUGUCAGUUCUGUCAUAGCGGAGAUAACGAAGACAAGCUGUUGCUCUGUGACGGGUGUGAUAAAGGUUACCACACGUACUGCUUCAAACCUAAGAUGGACAAUAUUCCUGAAGGAGAUUGGUACUGCCACGAGUGCAUGAACAAGGCGACCGGCGAGCGCAACUGCAUCGUCUGCGGCAAAAAGUCCUCGUCGACCUCGGCCAAACUGGUACCUUGUGACCUCUGUCCCCGAGCCUACCACACCGACUGCCACCGACCGCCGUUGCCGAAGUCGCCGCGCGGCAAGUGGUACUGCUCGAACUGCGUGGGCCGCAAACCGCACAAGAAGACGCCUGUCAAAAAGAACCACAAGGCUGCGGGGACGAGGGAGGGGGAGCAGUCUGGCGAACUUACGCCUUCCAGUCCCGCGCCGUCCCACUGCUCGACCGCCACCAACGAAGACCUGCCGCCUCCUGUCGGCGGCGACCCGUUCAACUCCAGCAUGGCCAACGCGUGCUCGCCCUCUGCCGUCUCGACGGCUCCCUGCCCCCCGUCCGCCGCAUCAGCUGCAGCCUCCUCCUCCCCCUCUGCCUCCGUCAGCUACGCUCCGUCGGCAGCGGCCGCGUUGGCGGCUAGCGCUGCGGCAGCGGCGACUGCCAGCGCUAACCUCAAAAAGGAGAAGGCGAACCACAAGCGACUGAUGCGCGAGCUGGCCCCCUGUCGGGCGCUGCUGGAAGACCUCGAGUGCCACGACGACGCGUGGCCCUUCCUGUUGCCGGUGAACACGAAACAGUUCCCCACCUACAAAAAGAUCAUCAAGGUGCCGAUGGACCUGUCGACGAUCAAGAAACGGUUGCUCGACAUGCAGUACAAAUCUCGCGACGACUUCUGCACCGACGUUCGACAGAUAUUCAACAACUGCGAGACGUUCAACGAGGACGACAGUCCCGUGGGCAAGGCGGGACACUGUAUGCGGCAGUUCUUCGAGCAGCGGUGGACCGAGCUGUGCUGCGCGCAGCAACCGCAGCUGCCCAGUUGAAGGUCGCCGCAAGGGGGCCGGCGCAGGUCGAGUGCUCGCUGAACGAUGCGAUUUUUCUGUCGAUGACGAUACAGGUAUUUUCGGUGUGUGAUAUGGGACGCGCGGGACUAUGUGAGAGGGUUGUGUGUGUGUUUUGGGGAAGGGGUGCGUCGUGAGUACGGGGUCGGGGGAGGGGGUUCCGGAAUACCUGUGCUCUGCAGCUUAUUUUUCAGCUCCCUAAUGGGAAUAAUCUGUGUCAAACCUAUCAAACCAUAGGCAUAUAAAAAGAGGGGAGACUAACAUGUCAUUCAUAGACCACUAGUUGUUUACAAUCAUACAUACUCCCAGAGUUUCAGAUGAGUUAGAAAGAUGGCAACGCUGUAAACUGUGCGUCAAUGUUCACACUUUUCUUAACCAGUCGCGUAGGUUAAGCGAGGGGCAAGACAAUUGUACUAUAAUGACAACACAAUAAAUACCAAUUGAAAAAUUUUUGGGUCUCAUCUUUCAAUUUUAAUAUCAAAUAUUCAUAGUUUUAGGUACGUACCUAAUUUUGAAUCAUCAUUCAGUGGAAUUUGAACAGAAGAAACGAGGUUUCUUGCAAUAACUCAGUUAAAUAACCUGCGAUAACUACACCACUACUCAAGUUAAAAAAACAUAACCUUACUUACCGUCGAACAACAAAUUUGGGGUUUGAAUGGUGAACUCUUCCACAAUCAAUGAACUGGCGAACCAUAAUUGACUUUUAAUAAUUGUUUCCAUAUAGUUUUAUAACAAGAAGAAUCUAAAACUCAAUUGAAAAAAAGUCCUAAAAUGGUAACAAACACCAACACAACAACACUGUAACGUCGGAUUUUGACAUAUGUGAAUGAC